CUCUACAGCGACGCCGGUAACGCCUCCGCUCUCUCCUCUGAGAACCGCGGCGAGGAGGAGUUAAGAGAGGGAGACAGGGCAACCAAACCGCACGGAGUUGAGGGGAUGAAGGCCGAGAAGGCAGCGGUCGCCGUGGCGGUCGGCGGCGGCGACGAGUGGCGGUGCCGGAAGCACCCGGUGGCCAGAUCCGGUGGCGGGGUGUGCCCGCACUGCCUCCGCGACAGGCUCCUCCGCCUCUGCCCCAACUGUGCGCACGUGCGGCCGUGCCCGUGCACGUGCGCGUCCCCUUCCUCCUCGUCGUCGGCGUCCGGCGACGCGGUCGGCCGGGUCCACACCCUCAUCGAGCGGGAGCACCGGAUUGCGCGGUCACGCUCCGUCGCCGCGUCCUCCUCCCUCGGAGCGGCCUCCACCGCGUCAGCCGCUGCCGGCGCUGUCGGGGGGAGGCGGAAGGCGAGGGUGUGGGGGUGGCCGCCGUUCUGGAAGGCCGCGGCCAGGGAUGGGGUUGCUGCGGCGGAGGACGAGGAGGAGGAGGAGGGGCUGGGGCUCGCGAGGUCGAGCUCGGUGUCCGCGACGGUCGUGGAGGCCAAAGCGGCGGCGGCGGCGGCGAAGGCGCGGUGGGGGUGGCAUUUCCCGAGCCCGCUCAAGGCAUUCCGGCACCGGAGAUCGUCGGUGAGCAUACCGGAGCGAGGGUGAGAUAGCUCGGCAUGGCCGGGAAAAGCGAUCCGUAGGGAUGUGUGUUGCGCUUUACUAGAUGAUUAAAUUAAUUAAUUAACUAGACGGGGGAUUACAGGAGAUUUUUCCCUUUUUUUCCCUUUUUUGUGGCUCGCGUGCUAAUCUUCUGAUUAAAUUAGACCAAACUCCAAAAGCUGUGAUUUGGGCGUAAUGUGUGCAUAUACCACUGGUGUUGUUCACUUGUUCUCUUCGUGUUGUAGUACUAGUUUGUAACCAUCAGGAAUUUUAAGGUCGCCGAUUUGAUCUGCACGGGAAAUUCUCCUCCUUUUUUGACAUUGACGGAAUUUGUAGACUGCGCGUUGUUUUUCUUGCAUCUUUCGUUUGCGUAGUGCCACAAGAUCGGAACAACGGUGGAAACCCCGACUGCCAGGUGGGCCCAUCGCUCCCAUGCUUGCCCGCAGACACUGGUGACUAGUUCGGUUUGUCGUGCUGCGCUACCGAUCUGGGAGCAAAAGCGCCCAAGCUUUGUCCGUGGAAUCUCUCGGGGGGAAAAAGAUUGGCGACGCUCUGCUCGGGCGCCAUCGCCGCAGUGGGCGUGUUACUGUUGGUAGCUGUUCAGCAAUCAGUAGCCCCGCUCGUGCGACACACUCGCACACGCUCGUCUCGCCUGCGACGCGACGCGAGGCAGGGCUGGCUGCCUGCCUGCAGAGUGCAGAGGCGGCAAGCGUCCGAGAUUGGGAACCCUCUGGAAGAUCGACGCGGCCGGCGGCCACGCCCUCGUCCCGAUCGGUAGGCGCCCCGUCAUCUCAGGCGUGCUUGGAUCCUUGCGGCCCGCUUGGGCCGAGGCCGCGUCGUUUCCUUCUGUGCCUUUGCGUUGUGCACCCUUCCAGCCUUGAAGUGGCAGUGCUGCAGGGGAGGGCGCGUCGCAUGGUCGGUGCGGCCGCGUCUUGUUUCGGUGAAACUGAUGUUUUCUCUAGCGCGCGACACUGAAACAGCACCAGCAACCGAAACAGCGCGUGUGGCUUCUGCUCUGCCAUAUUAAUUACUCCCUCCGUCCCAGAACUUAAAAUUUUAUCUCUUUACAGCACUAAUUGUCUUAUAAAUUACUUUUUAUUCAAGACAUUUUCAU